AUGUCAUUGCAAAAUUCAAUUUCUACAAGAACAUUUGGCCAAAUACGUUCGUACACUACUACUACAAAUUGGUUGAAGAGAAAAGAAGUAUCAACAAAAGCCAAAGGUAGUGGUGAUGAUACAUCCAACAAUAGUACAACAUUAUCUUCCACAACAUCCUCCUCCUCAUUAGAACAACAGGAAACUCUCAAGUUCCAUGAUUACGACAGUUGGAACGCCCAACAAGUGGCAUUCAUGUUGACUUCUCCUAAAUCUAUUGGUGGUGCUGGGUUAUCUGCAGAAAAGGUGAAGCCUUUGCAAGAGUUGGGCUUUGAUGGCGAAUCUCUCCACAACAUUAUUGAGAAUAUCAAUAUGGAGGGCAUAAAGUAUGCCAUUGAUCAACUGAAAAGUAUUUACAACAAGAAUGACAUUCCUCAACUCUCUGAAACUUGUCAAUCUGUUGUAUUUUGGGUGCAUAACUCUCUGCGGAAAUUCACUACUGUUCCCUCUACUUUUAUCCAAUCAGUUUUGGAUGAUUUUGAUAAACAUGUACAAACCUAUUCAAGAAACGAAAAAGAAUCUGUACUCAAGUUCAAUGAGAUAAUGAAACAAGUUCAACUCGACAAAUCUGAUUCUCCAAUCUAUUUGUACCAGAAGAAAGAGGACACAAAUAACAAUAAUGAAAUAACUCUAUCCUCUUGGGCCAUAUCUUGCGAUUUAGGUCCUACAUUUCCUGCAAACAAAUAUGAUGAACAUUUUAAAUUUAUCACCUCGGGUAAUAUAACCCAUCCAGUGUUGGCAUUAAUAGAAGCACCUGGAACUGGAAAAACUCACUUUGCAUAUCAUUUAAUUUCUAAAGGAUAUACUGUUUCUAAUUUGAGAGGGUUAUUAGAUAGCGAAACAAAACGGUUCAUUAAGUCAUACUUAAUUGUGGCAGAUAUUAUUAUUAAUGCUAGAUUGGAUCCUAAAGAUACUAAUAAGACCAAUUUGUAUUUAUGUAAAUACAUCUUGAAUGGAGGUUUCAAAAUGGUAGAAGAAGCUUAUAACAAUAAUUAUGAACAGCAUGGGUUUUCUCCACAGCUGAAAAAAGUUAUGUUUUUCAUUGACGAGGCUCAUGAUUUUAACGACUUUGAUGGCAAAGUUCCUCGAACAGCAAACGACACCGACAACGGCAACCUAUUAACUCUCCUCACUUCAAAUAUGAGAGAUUAUGGAGGCGUAAUAUUAACAACAACCUUUGCAAGUGCUGUAGAAGGAAAAAUUGAAAUGAAAAUAUCUAAGGAUGAUUCUAAAGAAGUCUUUGAAAAGUUUUCAUACCACUUUACAAACCCACUUCCGAUAUUGCACGCCAAACAAGUUAGAAAGUUUUUGGACAUGUUUAUAGAUACCAGUAGAAAAGGCCACAAUAAUCCAGAUAUUUGGAAUCUUGUUGCAACAUUUUUACAAGGUCCAACCAGACGAUGCGAAGAAUUUCUUCAACAAUUAUAUCUAGAGUUGUGCAAGGACUCAACACCUCAAUUUAGAUCUUUUACAGAGUUUAUAUAUACAAAUCUUUGCACUCUCGUUUUCAAAAAAAAGGGUUACGGACCAGAAAAAACUGACAAUCCCUUAUACAAGAGUUUGUUUUACCGAUUAGCCUUGCUUGGAGAGGCAAAUUUAACAGAAGCUUUGCAUAUUGUCUCAACACAAACAAGUAUAUCGGAAGAGAUCGAAGAUGCUUCCAAGUUCUUGUUAACACAUGGGUUAAGUUAUACUUUUGAUUAUACUAACAAAAUAUAUAAGGUUGUCAGUCCAAUAGAAAGGAUGAGAUUAUUGAAGACUCUUCAACAAUAUGGGUCUAAUGGUGAUUGGUUUUUAAAUUCUCACAAGCAAUUAAGUAAUAUUGGUGAUAUUUCACCUCUCUCUGAAGUUGCUUCUGUAUAUUUUAUUUUGAACCAUUUUGAAUUCUUUAAACAACAAUUCCCAGGGACUUAUUUGCAAAACUAUUAUUUAGCUGCAAAGUAUUAUGUUGAAGAUUCAGAAAUCUCCAAAGAUUCAUUGAAUAAUGACUUCAAAAUUUCAUCUCUUCUCAUUAACACCAUACAUUGCAAUAUGAAAAUAUUUCAAACAGAGAAAUAUCCUUUAACUGGAAAUGAUGACGAUCUUUUACCUCGAUUUUUAGUCCUUCCAUGCCACAAUGCGGGUCCUGAUGUAUUGGGAAUGUUAAAACGUUCUUCAAAAGUUAACGAUGAUACAAUUCCAUUAUGUAUUCCAAUUGUUGCAGCAGUAACAAGGAAAACAGGAGACAAUUUAAAAUUCAAGAAAAAUUACGCUACAACUGAUCUUUCCAAUUUGUAUUAUGAAAAUUUGGAAACAAGUCGCUCUCCACCAACGAAUGUCCUUACAUUGAAAGAAAGAAAUUCCUUGAACGCAGCUAUUACUGACAUUGUGAAAGCAGGAAAAAUGUUGAGAAUAUUAUUUCAUCCAAAUGAAACCUUCAGCAACACUCCUCUCAGUGAUAGGAUUCAACAAUACGAUCAUGAUGAUGCACCGCAAAUAAUUUUCUCUGAUCAUGCAGUCCUGACAAAGAAGGGACAUUGCAUUUAUGAAAUUUCGAAAAAUAAUUCAGUAUGGCAAAAUUAUCUCAACAACAAUAACUUGUCUGUUGUGGCUGAUGUAUUUUAA